AUGAAAAUAAACAAAUCAUUUUUAGUUUAAAAUGAUACAAAUAGCUAAAUAUUUUCAAAUUAAAAUUUAUAAAAGACCCCAUUAAAAUCACAAAAAGGCACAACCAAAUCUCUUGCAGAAUAAAGCAUUCUAAAAGAUAAAGAGAAUAUUUUUCAAACUUCCUAAAAUCGUUUAAAUUAUGAUAAUACAUUAGAAAACGAUAUAAAUUAUCUUAAUUUAGAUUAAAUAAAUGAUGAAUUAGAUAACAAUAUGAAUAAUAUGAUAAUAUUGAUGAAUAGGAGAAAAGCCUUAGUAUUUGCAAAAAAAUAAAAGAUUUUAAUAUAAUAAGAAGAGAGAAUUCAAUAAAUACAAUUGACGAAUGCACAUUAAUUAUAAAAAUACUUAUUAGAAAUAAAUGAAGAAAAUAGUAAUGAAGAUUAAAAUAUAUAAAAUCUAAUAAAUGCUACUGCUAAUUAAACUCCUAAGAUGUAAAAAAUAAUCUAAUAGGUUGUUAAUGAUUUAACUGCCAACUAAGAAAGAAAAAGUAUUGAACUUUCAAGAAGUUCAGAUUUUUGGGAAACUAAUAAACAUUUUGAAAAUCAAAUUGAUGUCUAGCUUUAAAAAUUAAGACAUUUUGAUUAAGAAUUAGAUAAAAUUAAUCUAUAAAUACAAGAUUUUUGUAAAAAUCUUGAUAAUAUUGAAGAUAAUAUCAGAGAUUUACUUAUUAAUAAAACUGAAAAUCAUGUUGUUAAAGCUGAACCUUUUUUUUAACAUAAAAAAAAAUAUCAAAAUACUCUUAAAUAAUUACUAUUGUAAAGAAAUAAAAUCAAGGAUGAUAAAAUCUCAACUAUUUAUAAUAUUGUUAAAAUGCUUUCAGAUCUUAAAGCCUUAAGAUAAGAAAGAAUUAGUGAUUUAGGAAAUGUUUUUGGUAUUAAAGAUGCUGAUGAUUCUACUUUUAAAAUUAAUUAUUAUAUGGAUUUCUUAGAUUAAUUAGAAAAUUUAGCUAAAAUUGAAGAUAAUUUAUAUAUACUAGAAUAAAAUGAAGAUGAAUUAUUAAAAGAAAUAGAAUUGAGUUCUAAAGAGGUUUUUAUUAAAAUUUUUAAUUAUAAAGUAUUAAUUUUAAUAUAAAAGUCUGAAGCAAUGUUCGCAGAAUUUGUAAAAAGAUCUAGUGAUGAAGCGAAAUUCUUUUGUGAUUUAAAUGAAAAUUUAUCACGAAGGUUAAUACUUUAGUCUGCUAUAGAGUAUUUUUUGUCUUAUUCUAAUUUAGCUGGAAUGGAUAAUAUUGAUAUUAAAAAUAUUAUUUAAAAGUUUAAAUAGAGUAUUACCUUUAUGAAACCAUUAAUUGAAGAAGAUUAAGCCAUUAAAUAAGGUUUAAAAAAAACAAAUGAUACUAUUGAUACUUUUUAGAAUAUUUUAAAAGCUAUUUCAAGUGAAAAAGAUAGAUAAAAAGAGCUUGUGCGAUUAUUAGAAAAUGGAUAAAAAUUAAAAGAAGAAGAGGAAAAUAAAAAUGAAAUUAUUAGAGAAAUUGAACUUGAAAUUACAAAAAAAAACAACAAAAACACCAUUUAGAAGAAGAUUUAGAAAAUAUAUUGA